UUUGAAUAUAUGUGUGUGUAUAUAUUUAUAUAUAUAUUUUUUUUUUUUUUUUGGUAAAAUCUUUGAAUAUAUAAUAGGUCGACGACGACACUUCUUCACCUUAUCCCUAUCCCAGCAAAGCAUUACGUAUUUUUGAAAAAUAUGAGCGGAAGCACCACUAGCGGUGGAAGUCCGUGCGGCGCAUGCAAGUUUCUCCGGCGUAAAUGCGUGGCGGAAUGCGUCUUCGCUCCCUACUUUGACGCAGAGGAAGGGACGGCUCAUUUCGCGGCGGUGCACAAGGUUUUUGGGGCCAGCAACACCUCUAAGCUCCUCUUGAUGAUUCCAGCCAACCGGAGACCUGAAGCCGUCGCAACACUUUCUUACGAGGCCUUGGCUAGGCUUCGCGAUCCCGUCUACGGAUGCGUUGGUCACAUCUUCGCCCUUCAACAUCAGCAAGGGACAUUGGGGGUCGAGGUUACAAAUAAAUUGAAAACAAGCUCAUGUGUCUUCCCAAGGGCUCGUCUGUCGAAAACCCAAGUGAUGAGUCUCCAGGAGGAGCUAGCCGUCGUCAAGACUCAUCUCUCAACCCUUCAACGCCUCCCUCCGCAGCCUAAACAACAAAACAAUUCACAGACAGAAGCAACCUCUUCAACCAAAGCUCCACUCAUUGCUACUGCCGAUCAUAAGAACAACAACGUGUCUUCCUCCUUGUCACACAUUUAUGGUAUGUCACCAGAACAGCAGCAACAACAACAACCACAGGAAGAUACUGAGGUCCAAACAGAGUCAGUGGAUUUCAGCACAUUAUUGGGCCUGGAAGAUCCGCUGGACAGGGACGGUGAUCUCAACACACUUGCCCGUGAAUUCGUCUCUAAGUAUUUGGCCGAAGGCAAAUACCGACCAUCUUCUCCAAUAUAACUAUAUAUGCUAACUUCAGAAGUCUCUGUUUGUUUUGUACUGACCGGACAGCCGAGUAACCAAAAUCAACUUUUAAUAGAUUCUAUCGGAUUUGCAGCGCAACUCUCAUCUCUCACUCAUGAGUCAUGACGUCAACGUACGUGACAUCCAUGUCUGUAUAUAAUUGAUUUAUAUACGCAUAAAUCUUAUGUGGGUCGGAUUAUGAAAGUUUGUAUUUAGAAUGCCAAGUGCGAUGUAGGUAACGGAAUCCUGAAAUAUUAAAGCCCAACCCAUUUGUCCAAACGGCAAUGUUGUUAGAUUCCUGAUUCUUGCAUCCUUCCUCUUUGUCCUACAUUUUGCAGUGGGACUCAAUACUGAGUGUAUAUUAUUGUUGGUAAUACUAUAGUAUACUAAUAGUCUAAUACUAGUGUAUAUACUGAGUGUGAAAUAAAAGAAUCA